UGUAAGUAGUAGGAAGCUCAUAAGAGCGUUACUAUUUGUUACUUCUUGCCAGACUAGUUGUUGGAAUUUUCUUGGUGGGCAUCACCAGAGCAUCACAAAAGUAAGAUUCAAGCCUUGAUAGUAGACCUGUACGGUUUCUAUCAGUUUUUUUCUUAGAAAUUCUCAUUGGGGUGGUCUGAUAGUAGUACUAAGAAUGGCAGGACAAUCCAGAAAAUGGGUGAUAUUAGUAGCGGCCAUAUGGAUACAAGCAUUUACAGGUACAAAUUUUGAUUUCUCGGCAUAUUCAUCGAAUUUGAAAUCAGCCUUAGGCAUUUCACAAGUUCAACUGAAUUAUUUAGCAACAGCUUCAGAUCUUGGUAAGCUUUUUGGUUGGUCUUCUGGUUUAGCUCUUUUAUAUUUGCCCCUUUGGUCUGUUCUUUUCCUGGCUGCUUUUAUGGGUUUCAUUGGUUAUGGUUUUCAAUGGCUUCUUCUUCAGAAUCUCAUUUCUCUCCCUCAUUUGGUUGUAUUUCUGCUAUGCUUGUUGUCUGGAUGCAGUAUAUGUUGGUUCAAUACAGUAUGUUUUGUAUUAUGCAAUCAAAAUUUCCCCACAAGUAGAGCUUUGGCAUUAUCUCUUGCCAUUAGUUAUAAUGGACUUAGUCCAGCAAUUUACAAUCUGGCUGCCGAAGCCAUUUCCUCACCAGAAUCUAGUAUUUAUCUAAUUCUGAAUGCUCUUUUUCCACUCAUCACAUCUUUUGCUGCUCUACUUCCAAUCCUUCGUCAACCUCCAUUGCAAGCCUCACCCCAAGACGCUGUUCGUCAAGAUUACGUCUUAUUUAUUAUUCUUAAUAUAAUCGCUGUUUUUACUGGUAUGUACCUUCUGAUACUAAAUUCGGUUACCACAAUUCCUUCAUCUGCGAUGAUAAUCUUUGGUGGUGCACUUUUUUUCCUUGUUCUUCCCUUGUGCAUCCCUGGAAUUGUAUAUGCUCCUAAUUGGGCUCUGGAGAAUAUUCAUGCGAGUUCUCGUUUGCAAGGUUCAGAAUUUAACCUUGUUGACAUAGAUGAUCUCGAGCUUCGUAAAGAGUUACUCAUCGGGCGAGAAGAGUAUUACGAGAACACCAUGAACGGGACUAUGCAAAGUGAGGAAGAGAAAGAAGGGUUAUCCUUUUAUGAGAAUCGGUUGUUGGUUCUUGGAUACGAACACUCUGCCAGAGAUCUAGUUAGCAGAUUGGAUUUUUGGUUAUACUAUGUUGCUUACUUUUGUGGAGGUACAAUUGGGUUAGCAUACAGUAAUAAUCUAGGCCAAAUAUCACAGUCCCUUGGGUUUGCUUCCAAAACUACUGAACUUCUUACGCUUUAUUCGUCGUGCUCCUUCUUUGGUCGAUUGCUCUCUGCUGCCCCUGACUUCUUUCCUGCGAAGCUGCAUUUUGCAAGGACAGGGUGGUUGGCAAUUGCACUCUUACCUACUCCAAUCGCAUUCUUUUUGCUCACUGCAUUGAGUAGUGAGGGGGCAUUGGAAGCUGGUACAGCCCUGAUUGGGUUGAGCUCCGGUUUCAUUUUUGCAGCUGCAGUGUCGGUUACUUCGGAGUUAUUUGGAUCUAACAGUUUGGGUGUCAACCAUAAUAUAUUGAUCACAAACAUCCCUAUAGGUUCUCUUGCUUAUGGAUUACUUGCAGCAGUGGUUUAUGACAGAAAUAUUAAAUCAUCGGGAUUGUCGACUGACAUGGAAACGGUUGAUGGAGUAUCGAUUUGUAUGGGAAGACAAUGUUACGCGCAGACAUUCUUGUGGUGGGGUGUUAUCUCCUUGUUUGGCUUAUUAUCCAGUGGCAUUCUUUUCGUGCGCACAAAACCCGCUUAUGAUCGUUUCGAAGAGAAUAGGAUUCUAACAACUGAUAGUGUUUAUUGAAGUGGGAAAAUUAAUCCUGUGGAUCAGAUCAUCAACAUGGUUUUCGAAAAUUUUGCGGAUACUUUUUGUCAGUAUGUUACUGUAAAUUGGCAGGAUUUGUAUUUUAAGUUGUUUUUUUUUUUACUCCCUUGUACAGUUCCUUUUCCUUCUUCUUUGAUCAUUGUUAGAAAAACCACUCUGUAGU